CGUGGAACUGGAACCUCGCGACCAAUCGAGUCGGGACAAGCUCCAACAAUGAAAGCCCCAUUGCUUUCCAAGGGGUUCGUAGCUUGUUGGGCCGUAGGCCUGUGUCGAUGCAAUGCUUUGUUUAAUGUCCAUAGCUGGAAAUGAGGAAGCUUCUGUUUUUACCAUUUGAAAGCAACGAGAUUUGACACGGCGCCGCCUCUCGUUCUUUCUUGACGACCAAUUUGCUUUGAUCUCAUACCGUUUUCCAAGCGCUCCACCUUUUGAAAAUAGUCAAAGAUCGUCGCUUUUCCCCAUCCGUCCCAUCUUCUUCCAUCCCGAGCACGACCCAGUUGGGCAAUUGGGAUAGAAGGAAAAGAAAUCUGCUAGAACCUUGGUGGCGCAUGAAGCUGAGAGCUAGUCCGACGUCAAGAAAACAGAUAGGCUAACUAUUAGUCCUUUCACUACGCCGUUGUUCAAGAAUGGACAAUGACGAUGACUUCACCUUCUGUCAGGUGGCUCCACCUGCUGAACAAGAAGGUCCGCUGGGAAAGAAGCUUGCUUCUGAUAUUGAUGGUAUAUCUAUUAGCAAGGAAUCUUCAAAUGUCUCUGGUGGCAGUCAGAAUAGAAGGUUUAUCUGGAGGGAUAAAGUAGAUGACAAUUCCAUCCCUACUCAGCAGGGAACAGUUGGCUCUUUGAGCUUCAAUGUUAUCGAUACGUCCUCCACAAGAAAUUCGAACAAUCCCUCAAAAGGAUCCACUUCAGCCAAUGCUGCCGGUUUGGUUACAAAUUCGGGUAAGCAGAAGUCGGCUGGAAGGAAGGCUGCACCUCGCGCCAAGGUUCCCUUUGAGAAGGGUUAUAGCCAAAUGGAUUGGAUGAAGCUCACUCGAACUCAUCCUGACCUUGCAGGAUUGAAGGGACAGUCUAACAGAAGACUCAUAUCAAUGGAGGAAGUUAAACAGCACCAACUGGAUGGUUCUAUGUGGACUGUCUUAAAAGGCCGUGUUUACAACAUAUCUCCAUAUAUGAAAUUUCAUCCUGGAGGUGUUGAUAUGUUGAUGAAGGCUGUGGGAAAAGACUGUACGUCCUUAUUUAACAAAUACCAUGCCUGGGUGAAUGAUGAAUUCCUCCUGGAGAAAUGCCUUGUUGGAGUAUUAGAUGAUAGCCACAAAUAACCAACAGUACAGGAAUGACUGAUAUCGUUUUUCUCUUCUUCUUUUGUUUUUUGGGAAGAUGGUGUCACUGCCAUACGAUUCUGCAAUGAAAUCCAGAGCCAUUGAGUGCCCAAGCAGUUUAACUCCAUGUUGCAUCAAGAAAGAUGAUGGCACAAGCCUCCGGUGGCAAUUCGUUGUCAUUUUUGUAGUAUCAAUCGAACAUGGAUUCUGUUGUAUGUCUGAUGACAUUUCAGGAAAUAAUGCAGACUGCCCAUAUUGUAGCCCCAAGUUGCAAA